AUGGCGACGGAGCAGCAGCAAUCAACGGUCCUUGCUUCCCCGAGGGAGCCACGGCAAGCAUCACCACACCUCCAAGAGCCCGGCGCACCCGGACCUUCGCAACAAGUCGAGUUCCGUGGCUUCGAUUUCUUUGCCCAGCGAGACUUCAACGAAUACAAGGACGCAUCGCGAGCGUACUUUGCUGGGAAGAAUGGUAACCCUUCGUCGUGGCUCGGAGACGCAACACCACCGGCAUCCGCUCACCCUUCCCUCGAUGAGUCUCGGCCCGAGGAGAUUCCACAGCCGUCGAAUGAAAGGGAACAGAAGAAUGCAAAAACAAUAUUGGGGCUUCGGAGGCCUUGGUUUUGGACAAUCCUAGCUAUAAUUAUAGUCAUCGUAUUCGUGGCAGUAGGCGUAGGUGUUGGCAGUGCAAGCGGUGCUGAUUCUGCCUCUGAUACGACAAACACGAACACGAAUAUACCGGCCACAGGAAUGGAGACGGCAACUACAUCUCCCCCCUCUACCUCGACUCACAUAACGACGACAUCGACGCAACGACCAAUGCCCACACAAGAGGUUAAGACAAGCUGCCCGAAAGUCAACGGCACUGUAUACGAAGUGCCGGGCUCGACCAAGAAGUUUCUGCAGCUCUGCGGAAUCGAUUAUGGAAAGGAGGACGGCGCAAUUGAUCUACGAAACGUCUAUACGGAUACUGCGGAGGACUGCAUCAAUAACUGCGCGGGGACAAAAGGAUGUACGGGCUGCGGAUGGGGGUUUAUCAACGGCGACCACGGCCCUCCGUUCCGUUGCUGGUUGAAGAGCAAGGUGGAAGGCAGACCGCACGAUGCUAACACGACUUGGCAUUUUUCUGUGCUUCUCUGA